GUCAUUUCCUGAAAGCUUGGUGCAGAAAUGUGACAGUGCAGGAAGCAGCAGCAAGCAUAGCAAGGCUUCAUGUACCGUUAGAAGUCAGUUUGCUAUAGGUAAGGGCACAUCCUUCUUAUUGAGAUGUAGAAAUACUGGUUCUGGGAUUGAUGCUCAAGAUCUUCGGGAAGAACCUCUGCUGUCUUGCAGUUCACAGUGGUGAACAAAGCAACUGGGGCUUUAACAUGGUGAGUGAGGAACUAUGUUUAUGUGACAAGCAACAAGGGAUGCAAGUUAAGCACUGAAGUUAAAGGAGUGGAAAAUGAGUGCUUUCAAAAAGCACUAUAGUCUUUCUCCCAGGACUUUCAGAAGAUCAUUGUCAGAACAAGAUGCUGGUACUGCUACCUUGAAGGACUAUCAUUGGUACCACCAAAUGAAAAGCAAGAAGAUGAAUAAACAAGCGAGUCCUGACCCAGAGAAACCUCUCGGGGCAUACAGGUGGCAGACACAUCCUCGUCUUCCCUGGAGGAUAAGCAGAAAAGAGGGCUCCUGCAGCCUGAAAGGGGAGUGCAGUGAUCCAAGUCUUGCCAAAAGUUCUUCUAGUGUGGGUGCUACCAGUGCGGAUGAUCUCCACGAAGAUCCAAAAGAGAUGCUCUUCCAGUCAAGGACUAGACCAUUUCGGGUUCCGUUCAAUCGCUCUCUUUCUGAACCCGUGCCACACAUUGGGGACAGGAAUGCAAAGCCGUUUCUGCAAGCUGUGCACUCGGUGGACUCUGAACAGCAGGGCUAUUUCAUCCGUGGCAUCUUUUCCUCUCUCUCGAGUGGCUUUUCAAAGAUAAUGAAUCGUAAAGGGGAGCCUGGCAGUGAGUCAGUAAAUGAGGGGAAGACAGAUGAUGAUCCAAUUGAUUUGAAUACAGAUGUAAAAGGACCACCUACACACAGACUGUCCUGCGGCCAGUCCCCCUACACUGAAACGACAACAUGGGAGAGGAAAUACUGCAUCCUGACAGACAGCCAGCUGGUACUGCUCAACAGGGAGAAAGAGGUGCCUAUCGAUGGGGUGCAGGAGCCGCCGGCGGAUGCUACCAAAGGGCGCUGCCUGCGCCGGACGGUGAGCGUCCCCUCCGAGGGCCAAUUCCCCGAGUACCCGCCAGAGGGGGCCACCAAACUAGAGGUCCCAGCAGAGAGAUCUCCUCGCAGACGGAGCAUCUCCGGGACCAGCACCUCUGAGAAAACCAACUCCAUGGAUGCUUCGAAUACUUCCCCUUUCAAAGUGCCAGGCUUCUUCAGUAAGCGCCUGAAAGGGUCCAUCAAGAGGACAAAGAGUCAGUCGAAAUUGGACAGGAACACAAGUUUCCGACUCCCAUCUCUCCGCAAUGCUGAUGACAGGUCACGUGGAUUGCCAAAGCUGAAAGAGUCCCGUUCCCAUGAGUCUUUACUGAGCCCGGGCAGCGCUGUGGAAGCCCUGGAUCUUGGGUCAGAAGAAAAAGUCUUUGUCAAGCCACUUCACAGCAGUAUCCUUGGACAAGACUUCUGCUUUGAGGUAACCUACUCCAGUGGCAGUAAAUGCUUCAGUUGUUCCUCUGCAGCAGAGAGGGACAAGUGGAUGGAAAACCUACGCAGGACAGUGCAGCCAAAUAAGGACAACUGCCGUCGAGCUGAAAAUGUGCUCCGUCUCUGGAUCAUUGAAGCAAAGGACCUGGCCCCCAAGAAGAAAUACUUCUGUGAGCUGUGCCUUGAUGACACUCUCUUUGCCCGCACCACCAGCAAAACAAAAGCAGAUAACAUUUUCUGGGGAGAGCACUUUGAGUUCUACAGUCUCCCACCUCUUCACAGCAUCACAGUUCACAUCUACAAGGAUGUGGAGAAGAAGAAGAAAAAGGACAAGAACAAUUACGUAGGCCUGGUCAACAUUCCCAUGGCCAGUGUAACCGGUCGCCAAUUUGUGGAAAAAUGGUACCCAGUCAGCACUCCUACACCCAACAAAGGGAAAUCAGGGGGACCUUCCAUUCGGAUAAAGUCCCGUUAUCAGACCAUCACUAUCUUGCCCAUGGAGCAGUACAAAGAAUUUGCAGAGUUUGUUACCAGCAACUACACUAUGCUCUGCUCUGUGCUGGAACCUGUGAUCAGUGUAAGGAACAAGGAAGAGAUGGCUUGCGCUUUGGUGCACAUUCUUCAGAGCACUGGGAGAGCUAAGGACUUCUUGACGGAUUUGGUGAUGUCUGAGGUAGAUCGUUGUGGGGAGCAUGAUGUCUUGAUCUUCAGGGAGAACACACUUGCUACCAAAGCUAUUGAGGAAUACCUGAAGUUGGUAGGGCAGAAGUAUCUUCAUGAUGCACUAGGGGAAUUUAUCAAGGCUUUGUAUGAGUCAGAUGAAAACUGUGAAGUGGAUCCCAGCAAAUGUUCAUCCAGUGAAUUAACAGAUCAUCAGAGCAACCUGAAAAUGUGUUGUGAGCUGGCUUUCUGCAAGAUUAUCAAUUCUUACUGCGUGUUUCCUCGUGAGCUGAAGGAGGUAUUUGCAUCUUGGAAGCAGCAGUGCCUGAGCAGGGGCAAGCAGGACAUCAGUGAACGCCUGAUCAGUGCCUCUCUCUUCCUUCGCUUCCUGUGCCCCGCUAUCAUGUCCCCCAGCCUUUUCAGCCUCAUGCAGGAGUAUCCUGAUGACCGGACAUCUCGCACACUCACACUUAUUGCUAAAGUCAUUCAGAAUCUUGCCAACUUUGCUAAGUUUGGUAAUAAGGAAGAAUAUAUGGCCUUUAUGAAUGACUUUUUGGAACAUGAGUGGGGAGGAAUGAAGCGUUUUCUCCUGGAGAUCUCUAAUCCAGAUACCAUCUCAAACAUGCCUGGAUUUGAGGGCUACAUCGACCUGGGCAGAGAGCUCUCAGUUUUGCAUUCCCUCCUAUGGGAAGUUGUGUCCCAGCUUGAUAAGGGUGAAAAUUCCUUCCUACAGGCGACCGUGGCAAAACUGGGACCUCUUCCUCGUAUUCUUGCUGAUAUCACCAAAUCAAUGACCAACCCUACGCCAAUACAGCAGCAGCUGAGGCGUUUCACUGAGCACAGCUCUAGUCCAAAUGUCAGUGGCAGUCUCUCCUCAGGGCUUCAGAAGAUAUUUGAGGACCCCACUGAUGGUGACUUGCAUAAGCUGAAGUCUCCAACCCAGGAAAAUGUCGAUGGAUAUUUUAGGGGCAAGACCUUACUGUUGGUUCAGCAGGCAUCCACCCAGAGCAUGACUUACUCAGAUAAGGAUGAAAGGGAAAGCAUCUUGCCCAAUGGACGUAGCAUCUCUCUCAUGGACCUCCAAGACCCUCACACGGCUCACACUGACCAUGCUUCUGUUAUGCACGAUGUGCCUUUGCGCUUAGCUGGCAGCCAGCUCUCUGUCACACAGGUGGCAAACAUCAAACAGCUGUGGGAAACUCAGAGCACACCCCAGAGUGCUCCCCAGGUGAGAAGGCCUCUGCACCCGGCUUUGAACCAACAGGGCAGCCUCCAGCCUCUGUCGUUCCAGAACCCAGUUUACCAUCUCAACAACCCAACCCCACCAAUGCCGAAGGCCUCUGUGGACUCCAGCUUGGAGAACCUGAGCACUGCCAGCUCCCAGAGCCGAAGCAACAGUGAAGACUUCAAACUUAGCGGACCCAGCAACAGCAGCAUGGAGGACUUCACCAGGCGCAGCACGCAGAGCGAGGACUUCUCUCGGCGCCACACGGUCCCAGACAAACACGUCCCCAUCGCACUGCCCCGCCAGAACAGCAGCAGCCAAGCACAGAUCCGCAAAAUGGACCAAGCCGGACUGGGUGCCAGGGCCAAAGCACCGCAGUCCUUGCCGCACAGUGCUUCCCUGCGGAGCACGGGCAGCAUGUCAGCAGUGUCCGGGGCCAUGGUGACUGAACCCAUUCAGAAUGGGAGCCGGUCCCGGCAGCAGUCCUCAUCCUCUAGAGAGAGCCCUGUCCCAAAGGUGAGGGCAAUUCAGAGGCAACAAACACAGCAGGUAUCUCUGCUACAGGUUCAGUCACCUGUGGACUCUGCCACAAUGUCACCAGUGGAAAGGACAGCUGCGUGGGUUCUCAAUAAUGGGCAGUAUGAAGAAGUAGAGGAAGACACAGAGCAGAAUCCAGAUGAAGUCAAGCAUGCUGAGAAGUAUGAACAAGAGAUAGCAAAGCUGAAGGAGCGCCUGAAGGUGUCAAGUCGACGGCUGGAGGAGUAUGAGCGGCGCCUCCUGGUGCAAGAGCAGCAAAUGCAGAAGCUACUGAUGGAGUACAAGUCUAGGCUGGAAGACAGUGAGGAGAGACUGCGCAGGCAACAGGAGGAGAAGGACAGCCAGAUGAAAAGUAUCAUCAGCAGACUCAUGGCAGUUGAAGAGGAGCUGAAGAAGGAUCAUGCAGAGAUGCAAGCUGUCAUUGAUGCAAAGCAGAAAAUUAUUGAUGCACAGGUCAUAAAUGGGGAUGAGAUAAUUCAAACAGGAGAAGCGGAUCAUGUCCCUGGACUCUGCCAACACACGGCUGAUGAGUGCCCUGACGCAGGUGAAGGAGCGCUACAGCAUGCAAGUCCGCAAUGGCAUCUCCCCCACCAAUCCCACCAAGCUUUCCAUCACGGAGAAUGGUGAAUUCAAAAACAGCAGCUGCUAACUGGGCAGAUGCUGCCAGCCAUCUCCCCAGGAGAAGGGCAAGAGGGAGCAGACUCAAGAAACCUUCAAAGUAGCCCCCCUUCCCCUUACAGGUUUACAUAAUGCUGCUAAAAAAAUGGAAAAGAGGAAGAACUCUGAAAGGUGGGCUUCAAUUCCCCACUCAAGGCCAGGAGAACCGGGCUCCGGACAGCAAGUCCUUCCAUAUCACUGUGUAAAUAGAGGGAGCUCUUGGGUCAUGUACAGAAAAUGCGAUGUAAUAUACCAAAAGGAAGUGAAUACUGUAGAUUUUUUUAAUUAUUGCUAUUUUUAUUAUUAUUAUUUUUCUCUGGUUGAAAGCACUGCAGUCCUUGGAGGAGGAAGAGGGGAGUGUGAGUGCCUGUGUGUUGUGGGUGAGAGAGAGAUGAGCAGUGGGUUACAUUAGACAGCAGCUCUAUAUAUCAGGCUGACUGAUACAAGUACAUGCGUGGAGUGAAAUAGUGAAAUGAAUUCUGUAAGAAAACUCAUUUGCUGGUUUUAUUCCCCUCUUCUCUAGCUGUUCUUUACCUGAAUGCAAACUCAAUAGCAAACAUUUUAGCAAGAAAAUUGGCCCUUGCUGGAUCCUGUACCUAAUUUUGGUAGGACUCUGGCAGAAAAUUGUCAGUCUUCUUGAACAAGGUAAAAACUCAGAGCAGCAAGCUUGUUUUCUUGCAUUUGCACACAGUCAGGCUUCCCAUCAGACAGAGGGAAUCUGCAGUUUUUCAAGGUAGGAUUCUUUUCUUUUACCCCAGAUCUAAUGCAGUUUUAUAUUUUCCGUUUUGAGAAUUUAUAGACCUGUAAAUACUUCUUUUUAAAUUUCUAUCCAGUCCCCACUUUAUGCACCACGCAGUGGCUCCCUGAAUUCAGUCUCUGCGCUCCACCAGGAACAGUCAGGUUAGUGCUCUGAGGAAAGGGCUAACCAACGGGUGCCCGUGCCCAGCAAAGUAAGCUUCCAUAUGCAAAAUUUCCUGUUUUCCUAGAGGAUUUCUGUGUUUUAACUCUUGUUCAGUUUCACUAUUUCAGCUACAAGCUUAGCCAGUCUAGUUCCAGCGAAAGAUUCUGCACAUUGCAUUAAAAGAUCUUCCAUUUACACUGACUUUUUCCUUUCUCUGGAUACUUCAAAGGGGGUUUGGGGAAGUUCCGUACACGCCAUUUUUUUCUUCAGAAGUUUUGACCAAGCUUUCAUCCCCAAUUGCUUUCAGUUGUGUUUUACAGGCACAUACUUCCAGGCUGUAUGUGAAUGCAUAUGUAAUUACAAAGUGACCUUCUCGUGGAAAAUAAUGACAUUUGCAGACUGUAAAAGAUGAACAGUAAAUGACACAGUAUUGUCAAUUCUCAUGAUUUCAUCAAAGGCUACAAUAUUUAGUCUGAGAGGUUUUUUUUAAACCCCAGAUUCUAGACUCAAGUAAUAGGCUGUAAAGCUUCACUUUCACUCUUUGGUGUACAUUUCUAGCCCCCAGGCUAUCAAAGUAAACAAGGUAAUUACAACAGCAAUAUACUAAGCGAGUAUGAUUGACCUUUCAAACAUGAAAUUAGAAACUGGAAGCAUUGACUUCAAAACAAGAGAAAACCUUGAGAGGGUACCUCAUAGGCUGCAACUAGGAGCAAAUUCAUGAGGUGACUGGGGGGGGUACCUGGCUGAAACAGUAUAGCUUGUGAUGUGGAGAAGGUCAGAGCUGAUGAUCUGAUUAUCCUUUCUGGCCUUAGUUUCCAAAUCUCUAAAAUUGUACUACAUUAAAAACAUAGAAGUUUCUAAGCCUAUUUCUUGACCUCCUGAAAGUGGCCCAGGCUGCCUUUAACAUGAAGGAUUGGCAAUACUGAGAAACCCAUAUUCAGUGUCUGUUGUCAGGUUUGUUCUGUGGAAAUGAAUUAAUCUCACUUCUGUGGGCAAAUGCAGCUUGUGGCAGAGUAUGUUAUGUUAACUGUUCUGCCUGGUGAUUGUGUUACAAUAUGUCAGUUAAACAUCAUCACACAAGUAUGUUCCAUUGCUAACUAUGCAUAAAUACAGAGACCACAUCUUCUGCGUUGUUGGAUGUAUAAGAAAAACAUAUAUGUAUGUGUCUCUCCUAGCAAGGUCUUAGAGAACACUUGUCUGCAGCGAGUUGGGAUUUAUAUUUAAUGCUUAGUUCUUUCAGAUCAGAGCUUCUCUGGCUGUUCGAAUGUGACUUGUACUACAGGCCGAGGAGCAUCCCUGUCCCAUCUUGGUUUAUCAUAGCCAAGUCAGCAAUGUCUGAUGCACCUGGGGUUGUGCUCUGCAUUUGCUCAGUAGCAGUUACUUUUCCAUACUUCCCAAACCAUCUUCCAGCUCUGGGUCAUUGCUGACCUCUGAUAUUUUCUUCCUCAAACUGUGCCUUUCAGUUCCUCCUCCUCUCUUUCGUCCUUCAUGCACCACAGCCAUAGGGAGUCUGUUGAGUUUGUAUUAAUCUGUCUUGUGAGUAGCUCUCUUUUACAAGAAACCUUUAAAAACAAGCUUUGUGUUGAGCAUUUUUGUGUGAUCUUCAUCUCCCCUUUGCUAUAUACUGUAAUUACAGAGCUGCAUUGUGGAAGAGUUAUUCCCCAAGAUAGCCUUUUCAGAUGGGCACAUGUAUUGCUCACUUAUUACACAGUGCAAACAGCAUAGGUGUUCUGUGGCUGAGGUAGGAGAGCAUGUGGUCAUAGGAAUACAUUGACUAGAACAAGGCAGAAGCAGAUGUGUCAUUCUGGUAGUGUAAGUCUAGCAUUAAUUUGGGAAGUGCAUUUUGCCAGAGCUCCCUGGCUUGCUGGUAAUCUAUCAAAGACCACUGGCUGAGCUGCAUGGUUUGAUGCUGAAGACUCUGAGGUGUCCACUUUGGUUUCUGCAGAGAAAUGCAAUAGGAGCAACAUUUCAGCUCUGAUUUUUAGAGGGGAAAUAACACCUACCCCGAGAUUGAUAUGUUUUGGUGAGGUCUGCAGUAAUGUAUCAUUCUAGUGAUGAACCUUCUCCAGUGUAUUUCUUAAGCUUGCAGAAUACUUGUAGGAAAAAGUUGCUAUUCUAAAAGAGUCUGACCCAUGAGUAUUGUCCUCAGAGCUCGUUGCUAGGCUGGUUGUUUCUCUUGUCUUUCAGCUUCUACACUAAAGUGUAUUCCUGUAACUCCCACUGUAGAGAAGUUGCCUGAUGACCCAAAAGGGGGUGAAGGUUGCAGACUCACAGUACUGCAAGACUAAAAUUGAUUAGCUGCAGAACAAAAUGCUGUGCUCCUGACUUCUGCAGGCAGCUGUCUCUCCUCAUUUGUUACCAAGGAGCUUUCUAGAGAAAUUUUAAGCCACCUCAAGCUGAUAACAUGUGAAAAUGCCAGCUUCUGUUUUGUCUAGUCUGAUAAAACCACGUGGCAGCCAAAAGGUCGAUCUAUUUUGAAGCAAGAGCCCUGACUGGGCCCAAUCACUUUUGGUUUAAGACUAGUAGCCAGUGGGUUUCUGCAGCAAAGGCAGAAGUAGUAAAUAGCAUGAGGUCUCAUGAUGAGCAUUAUAGACAUCAGGUUUUGGUUCAUACUUUAAGCAACUGCAUCAGGCUGUGUCUAAUGAUGUUGCAAGGAACUGCUGCUCUCAUUUGGGAACAGCUGUAGUACAGGAAAAAUUUAAUAGCCUGUAGGAGUAAUACUCAUGUAGACUGAAACAAGAAACUCGCCCAUCCUGGCAUCUCAGUCCUUGCUGGCCAUGUUACUCAAUGCUGUUCUAGGAUGAUUCUUCCAAGGUUUCAGAGUUCUCAGUAGAAGCUCACAGCCAGCAUAGUGGGGCAGGGAAAUGGAGCAGUGUUUUGUAGCACUGUGACCUUUGACUGUGUUGUGUGUAGUGUCUGCAGAGUGUGUGAAGAACAGAGGCGACCAGAAUGACAUGGAAUAGACACUAAUGGAAAAGGGAGGAAGCACAGCCAGGGAAUGACAUCCUGUAAAUGCCUGUUCUUUGCAACUCUAGGAAUUUUGACCUGUUGGGGCUUUUUUUUUUUUUUUCUUUAAGGGAAGUAGACGGAUUUCAUGUUCAGGAAUUACCAAGUGUUACUUCACUGGUGUAUUAGAAAUGGGCAGCUAUGCAUGAAAGCACAGACUCAUACAGCUACACAUUUUGCAACAUUGCUCUCCAGUGGCAUAACUCAGGCAGGGGAUCCAGAGGAGUGUGGAAAGGGAUGUGUGUAUUUUCUAGUUAGAAGAUAUGAGGUGUAUCCAGUAAUAAAUCUUGUAUCCAUCUAAUAAGUUGUCCAAGAAAUGGGUUUUAUGUUCUUGCAAUUGCUUUGGAUUGGCUUAGACUUUUUUAUACAUGAUAGAUUAAUUUCAUGUUUUAAUGCUUGGUUAAACCCACCAGCUUUUAACUUCAUCUGAAAACUCAAUGAUUGAAGUCCAUCAAUUUUACAGCAGUGCCCAUGGAAUGUCUCAGCAAUACUUAUCUGCUAAGGUCACCGUGUAUAUAUGAAUUCUGUUUGUGUUCUCUGUUGUUCCUGAGAAUGAUUCCUGUCAGGAUUGAACUGUUAAAUGUAUUUCCAUCAGUGAUCAGCAUGGUCAGCCACAGGUAUCCAGCUGAGCCUGACAGAGCAAAAAGGGUUAAAUUCAGGCUGAUGCUUUUAGGUAUUUCCUUCUCCACAGUAAGUUAACUCCCGUGAGAGUGAGCAUGUCAUUACAGAUCAUGCCUGCCAGGAAUCCUACCUGUAAAAAUAGAUCUUCUGUCUCAAGGGCCUUAAAAAGAGUGUUACUGCACAGAACUGUUUUACAAUGAUAGCUCUAAAUAAUUUAUUUUUUAUUUCAACAAAGUACACCUUAGAAAGUAAUAAACUUGUUUUUCAAGCCGUAUUUUUAUGCUAGUAGCACUGGACUGUUUGGUCUCUGAGAUCCAUUUCUGCAUUUCAUUGCCUGGGUUUGUUCUAAAGAAGAUUUAUUUUUGUUCUGUGAAUAAUUUUUGAAGGUUCUUGUAAUAUGUACAGUUAUAGAUACAUUUGAGGUCUUUUAUUGAUAUUCAUACAAAGAAUACAAAUAAACUUUAACUUUAAACA